AUGGCCGCCGAGGGACGCGGCCCCCGCGCCCCGCUCUGGGCGGCGCCGCUGCUGCUGCUGCUGCUGCCGCCGCCGGGGCUGCGGCGCCUCUGCGUGCGGGCGGACGGGCAGCUUUUCGUGCUGGAGGCUCAGAAUGGCUCGCAGGGCCUGGCACUGGAGGCGGCCCGGCUUUCCUGCCAGCGCAGGGGUGCUCAGCUGGCCUCUGCGGACGAGCUGCGGAGGGUGGUACAGGACUGUGCCGUGGUAGUGUGCACCACGGGCUGGCUGGCCGACGGCACCCUGGGGACCACCGUGUGCAGCAAAGGGAGUGGAGAGCAGCAAAUCAUGAGAGCCGUUGGUGUGAGAAUUGAAAGCAACCCGGUUCCCAGCGGCACGUACAAUGCCCUUUGUAUUAAGAAUGAAGAGAAGCCGUGCGGAGACCCGCCUUCGUUCCCACACACCGUCCUGCAGGGCCGCACGGGCCUGGAGAUGGGGGACGAGCUGCUGUACGUGUGCGCCCCGGGCCACGUCACGGGCCACCGCGAGACGGCCUUCACCCUGCUGUGCAACAGCUGCGGGGAGUGGUACGGCCUGGUGCAGGCGUGCGGGAGAGAUGAUGCUGAGGCACACAUUGACUAUGAAGACAAUUUCCCUGAUGACAGAUCUGUGUCAUUCAGAGAGCUCAUGGAAGACUCCCGGAUGGAGGCAGAGGAGGACAGAGGUCCAAGAAAGUCCUCUGAGGAGGCUCCACGGCAGGACCGUCUGGUCUCCAUUUCUUUGGGGAAAGGCAACAUAGCCCGAGGUACGGCCUUUGUGCCAACUGCGGGCUUAUCCGUCGCUGGGAGCAGUGUCCCCACUGACCUGCCAGGAUCCCAACCAAACCGGAAGUCCUCGAUCUGGUUUCCUGUAGGGACCUUCCACAAGCUUGAGCUGGGAAAGGAGAUGGAGGAUGAGACCAAAAAGCAGUUCCUGACUAGAGACAACCAGAGGAGCAUAACACGGGCUCCAGGUGACCCUGACACCAAGGUGACCUAUAGCAGCACGGAUGGGCACUCAGGGACAUUUGUGGACAAAACUAACAGCAAGACAGGGGACCCUGUGGUGAGCAGCAGCGAUGAGUCCUGGUUAGAUGGCUACCCCGUGACAGACGGGGCUUGGAAGAAGAUUGAGGCAGAAGAGUCAGAAGAAGAGGAAGAUGGGGACAAGGAAGAUGGGUCAGUAGGGCUGGAAGAAAGGGUUCCAGUUACUCCUAAUCAGCCCACUCCUAGAGAAGUUAAGAAGCCCGGGAAUACCACGCUCACACCAAGUGAGAACAUGACCCGUAGUUCAGUGCUUCUAUCUCAAACACUAGAUGUGGAAGCUUUGGCUCUCAGACCAAUAAAUGUGUCGGAAACGGAGAGUCCCAGCAAGGGAGAUGGUGAUUUGACCAGGUACCAGUCAACGGUUCCUUGGAAGCUGGCCACCGAGAAGCCUCCCAUGGCCACCUUAUCCUAUGAACUCACCAGCCCCACACUGGAGCCAGUAACAACUUCCAUCCAGCAAAUCCCGAAUCACAGCCCCUCAACUGUCAUGGUGGCUACCCAGACUCCAGUGGAAACCCUUGCUCCUGAGGUCCAGGAUAGUUUCCCCUACCUGCUGUCUGAGGACUUCUUGGGACAGGAAAGCCCUGGCCCACAUGCAAGUGAGGAGCUCCUGCCCACUUUGGAACCGUGUGUAGGGGACGGGUGUCCCAGCCUCAGCAGAGGCCCUGUCAUUGCCACCAUCGUCACCGUCCUGUGUCUGCUGCUGCUCCUGGCAGGCGUAGGGGCAGUGUGGGGCCAUCGCAAAUGCCAGCACAAGAGCUCCGUGUACAAGCUGAACGUGGGCCAGCGGCAGGCUCGGCACUACCACCAGCAGAUUGAGAUGGAGAAGGUCUAG